AUGACUAGUUGUGCUCAGAAUAUUCCAGUAACUGCAGGCAGAAAUAAAACCGGUCUUGGCUCUGAUGGAAAUACUAGGGCUUCUUCUAUCUCUUCCAGCCACGACAUUUCCUGUGGCUUAUUAGAUAGAGGCAGUUUGUCCUAUCGAAGCUUUGUUGGGGGUAGCUCCCCCUUUGGCUUCCCAAAUGGCGAGGGUACUUUUUCAAGUCGCAGUUGUAGUGGUGCAUUUAUUGGUGGUGGUGGUGGCUGUGGGAGAAGAAUGAGUACGGGAAGUUGCCUCAUGGGCAGCCAUGGUGGUUACCCUCCACUUGGAUAUGGUGAUGGGCUAGUGGAAGUUUGUGCAGGUGGUUUAGGUGGAGUCCCUUUGACCUGUGGCAUCAUCUUCUCCUCCACCAAUGAGAAGGUACUCAUGCAGAACCUCAAUGACCGUCUGGCCAGUUACAUAGACAAAGUGAGAUGCUUGGAGGAGGAAAAUGCUGCCCUUGAAUCCCAGAUCAAGGAUUUCUAUUUCAAGCAAGGGCUUGCUGGUGAACUGAAGGACUACAGCCACUAUUACCGACAGAUUGAGGAACUUAAAAACCAGAUUAUUCGUACCACUUUGGAGAAUAAUAAGAUCCUUCUCAAGAUUGACAACCAUCGCAUGGACCUAGAUGACAUGAGACAGAAGUUUGAAACUGAACGUGGCAUCCGUGAAAUGAGGGAAGCUGAUGUAAAUGGAUUACACCCUGUUUUGGAUGAACUCACUAACUUUAAGGCUGACCUUGAGAUUGCGCUUAAGUCUUUGCAAGAGGAACUAUGUAGCCUCAAGAAGACCCAUGAAAAGGAAUUAGUUUUUCUGCAAAAACAUUUACAUGGCAUCAAUAUGGAAGUCAGCAUCUGCCCUGGUCCAGAUCUGAAGAAAACUUUGAAGGAGAUGAGACACAAGUAUGAAGCAAUGAUAGAGUCAAACCGGAAGGAGGUUGAGCAGUGGUAUGAAGGCAAGCUGGUGGAGGUGAACCUGGGAGUCUGCCCCAGUAGUCAGAAAGUUGAAGAUGGCAGCCACAAAGUCAUGGAUCUCAAGCGCCAGCUGCAAGUCUUAGAGAUUGAUUUACAAGCCCAAUGCAAUAAGAGGGAUGCACUGCACAUGUCUUUGGCUGAAACAGAAUGUCGCUUCCAUACCCAGCUUGCCGAAAUACAGGAACAGAUCUCCUGCGUGGAGCAUCAGCUGGCAGAGCUGCAUUUGGAAAUGGAGAGUCAGGAUGGAGAAUACAAAGACCUCCUAGAUAUCAAAAAACGGCUAGAGCAAGAGAUUCAGACCUACCGCAGCCUGCUCAAAGAAUGGCAGCAAAACCAUGAGUAA